CAUUAAAGGAAGCCUUUUCUGUCAGAAAAAAGGCCGAUUCUUCGUGCUCGUGCCGCUGUCUCCGACGAUUGCCUGACUUCUCCGGCAAGAAGAUCUCUUUCGAAUUAAACGAUUUGCAAUUAGCUGCAGACACAGAAAGACCCUGAGUCUUUAUUAGUCCUCGUCUAGUUCCAGUGCAAAACGAGCCAACGCCAGGAUGUCCGACCGCAAGGCAGUCAUCAAGAACGCUGACAUGGCCGAGGAGAUGCAGCAGGACGCUGUCGACUGCGCCACUCAGGCCCUCGAGAAGUUCAACAUUGAGAAGGACAUUGCUGCCUACAUCAAAAAGGAGUUUGACAAGAAGUUCAACCCGACCUGGCACUGCAUAGUCGGCCGCAACUUUGGCAGCUACGUGACUCACGAGACGAGACACUUCAUCUACUUCUACCUGGGCCAGGUGGCCAUCCUGCUCUUCAAGAGCGGUUAAUUCCAUCAACUUGAUGUUUAAGCUACUACACAAAAUAAAUGUUAAGCUAAGAGUUUAAAUUAAAAAGAAACAACUGGAGUCCACCCCACACGACAGCUUUUGUGUUUUCUGGCCAGAGGCCGCCAAAGAGCCACUGGUUGUCGGUGUACAGUGGUUGAAUGUGAUAAUUUUUGCAUCUUGAUUGGUAGCAUUUACCAAGCAGACCCACACCUAACGUCCUUUCCCCUUAUCUUGAGUUGAAAUCUCACAACUUCUGUUGUUUACUUUUUAUACCUCGGAGUUACGUUCCGUUCAGCUUGAGUAACUGCGAAAUGACUUAAGUUAAUAAAACCCUAACUGCUUCCCUUA